GGUGAUCUGGUCCAACCUCCUGCGCAAAUCAUGUUCAACUAGAUCAGGUGCAAGAUGUCUGCCCUGAGGCUGAUUUCUAACAGAACCUCCCAGCAGGCCUUGUCUAACUCUGAUUACACCUGGGAGUACGAGUACUAUGAGUACGGACCAGUGUCAUUUGAAGGCCUGAAGGCUCAUAAAUAUUCCAUUGUGAUCGGAUUUUGGGUUGGUCUUGCGGUUUUUGUUGUCUUCAUGUUUUUUGUCCUGACCCUGCUGACGAAGACAGGAGCACCACAUCAAGACAAUGCAGAACCUUCUGAAAAAAGAUUUCGCAUGAAUAGCUUUGUGGCAGAUUUUGGAAGACCUCUGGAGUCAGAGAGGGUCUUUUCGCGUCAAAUAGCUGAAGAAUCCCAGUCACUUUUCCAUUUCUGCAUUAAUGAAGUGGAGCAUUUGGACAAAGCAAAACAAAGUCAGAAAGGUCCAGCUCUGGAAAGUAAUAUCCACUUCCAGGAAGUUCCCAGGAGCAGUGCAAUGUUUGAGGAGGACCUAAAUUGUCUUACAAAAUUUAACAUUCCUAACUUUGUGAACACUGAGCAGAACUCUUCACUAGGUGAGGAUGAUCUCCUCAUCUCGGAGCCACCGAUCAUUUUAGAAAGCAAAUCGGUCAUGCAAUCUUCCCAUCGGAUCCUUGACUGAAAAGUCUCUUACUUUAAGUUAAACAUUCCUGAUACCGUCUGGUUUGAAGCCUUUCUUGGCCUUCUGGUGUUUUCAUAGAAGGUAUUUCAGACCUGUGCUUUUCAUUGUAUGUAAGGCUGGCUGUGCUGACAGAACUCAGUUUAGACAAGAUGUAAAACACCAAACGCUUU